AUGUCCCUCGUGGCCAUCCUCCGCCAUGGCCUCCGCCUGAUCAUCCCGCUGGCGGUAGUCUCGACCCUCUAUCUCUAUCUCUAUCCCGUCUUCCUUGGCUGCGCGUUCCCAGUCGCCCCGAGUACCACCAGCAGCAGCAACGACGUCGAGCUCGACAGCAAGGCUGCCUUCAUCGAAGCUGCGCGACACCACCUCCCUUUGCCGAUCCCCCUCCGAUCGACAGACUCCCGACCCGCUCCUUUCAGACUCCUUGCGCUGGGCGACCCCCAACUCGAGGGUGACACCGCCAUCCGAAGGAUUCCCGGCCCUGCCUUCCCUCACGCGAGGAGCUGGUGGUCCCAAGUGACCUUCAAGGCACCAAACUCGCUGCGGCAGCGCGUCCGCCAGUCGCUACACGAUGUAAUCGACAUCUUUCUCGAGGACGUCUUCAACGAGCUCGAGUCCCUCCGCAAGCGGAUAGACAUAUUCGGCAACGACUUCUACCUUGCCCACAUCUACCGAACCGUACAAUGGUGGACUCGCCCUACCCACGUCACUGUGCUUGGCGACCUCCUGGGUAGCCAAUGGAUUGGCAUUGAAGAAUUCCGGAGCCGUGGCCGCAGGUACUGGGACCGCGUUAUGCGAGGCACCGAGCGUGUCCCGGACGAUGUAGCUGCGUACCCGUCUAUGGAGUAUGAGCUCGCCGACUACCUCUCCCCAUCUGGCGAGCCGUCUCCGGUAUGGUCGCGUCGUGUCAUCAACGUCGCUGGCAACCACGACAUUGGCUAUGCCGGCGACAUCAACCAGGACCGCUUUGGACGUUUCGAACGCCUGUUUGGCAAGGCAAACUACGAAUUGCGCUUCGAGCUUCCUAUCGAAGACCCGAACCUCAAUGCUACUGUGGUGGACGACGAGAAAAACCCCGACUCCGACCGGCUACCUCCCGAGAUCCGCGUGAUCGUCUUGAACGACAUGAACUUGGACACCCCUGCGAAGGACACCUCGCUGCAGGAUCAAACCUACGCCUUCAUCAACUCCAUCAUUGAGACCUCGGCAGCUGUCGAAUACAACGGCCACUUCACCGUGAUCUUGACCCACAUCCCGCUGUACAAGCCCGAAGGCGUCUGCGUUGACUCGCCCUUCUUCGAUUUCCACGGCGAGCACGACGGUGGGGGUGUCAAGGAGCAGAAUCUACUUUCCUACGACGCUAGCAAGGGCUUUUUGGAGGGCCUCCUUGGCAUGAGCGGCAACCCUGAUGCCCCCGGUAACGGGAGAGGUCGUCGGGGCGUUAUCCUUAACGGCCACGAUCACGAGGGUUGUGACACGUACCACUACAUCAAUCAGACGCAAGGCGAGCUCAGCGACAGAAGGUGGGAGGUUGAGCGCUGGCCGACCGCCAAGGGCCGGGGAGCUGUCGGGGCCCCUGGUGCGCCGGGACUGAGAGAGAUCACGGUCAGGAGCAUGAUGGGCGACUUCGGCGGUAAUGCGGGACUCCUCAGCGCUUGGUUUGACGAGGAGACUUGGAGUUGGAAGUUUGAAUACGCGACGUGCGCCUUGGGUACGCAGCACUUUUGGUGGUUCGUCCACAGCUUGGAUUUUGCGGCGAUUGUUGGCAUCGUCGCCUACAUCGUUCUGCUCGUCACGGAGGCGAACAAGCCGCAAGCACCACCGGCCAAGUUGAACGGAUCUGCAAAAUCGAACGGCACUGUUCCGAAUGGCGUGGUGCACUCCAACGGCGAAGCGAAGAAACCGAUAGAGAACGGGGAGGCCAAAUCAUCGUAG